AUGGAAUUGAAGAAACCAGAUAUAAUUACGUUUUAUAAUCUUACGAAAGGUGCUGUGGAUGUUGUCGAUGAAAUGGCUGCAGCAUACACUACUGCAAGAGUAUUAAAUCGCUGGCCAAUGGUUAUUCUGUUUCCAAUUUUGAAUGUGGCCGGUAUUAAUUCUAGGAUUUUGUUGAUGUCCACGAAAAAUCCUCCCACACAGUUCAGAAACAGACGUUUCUUUUUGAAAACACUGGGACUUGCUCUUUCAGAACAACACAGAAACCGUAAGCCUCAAGGAAUAAUAGCAAAUCCAAGCACUUCUAAGGAAUUGGGAUUUACUAAUAGUGAACCGCCUGCAAAAAAAGCUCAAAGGAAACUAUAA